UAGUCAGUCUCUGAACUUCGUGAGGGUGAGCAGAAAGGUUUUUAAAAAUGGAGUGCUGUUCCUUUAAAUUCUGCAAGUGAACUUGGCCUUAGAAGGCCAGCAGCUCCAGGUCCAGCCCCUAGAAGAGAGAACAGCUCCAGGCUCUCCAUCCUCAGACUUUGCAAGGGGACAGUGGUGCCAGCUGGCUCUGGCAGGCUUCUGGCAGCAUGGCAGUAAAGCUGGGGGCCUUCCUGCUGGUGUUUGGGCUCAGUGCGGUGUGGCCAGCUUCUGCCCACCGGAAGCUCCUGGUGUUUCUCCUCGAUGGUUUUCGCUCAGACUACAUCAGUGAGGAGGUCCUGGCGUCCUUGCCUGGUUUCAGAGAGAUUGUGAACAGGGGAGUCAAAGUGGAUUACUUGACUCCGGACUUCCCCAGCCUCUCCUACCCCAAUUACUACACCCUAAUGACCGGCCGCCAUUGUGAGGUCCACCAGAUGAUUGGGAACUACAUGUGGGAUUCCAGAACCAACAAGUCCUUUGACAUCGGGGUCAACCAAGACAGCCUUUUGCCGCUCUGGUGGAAUGGGUCGGAACCGUUGUGGAUCACUCUGAUGAAGGCCAGGAGGAAGGUCUACAUGUAUUACUGGCCAGGCUGUGAAGUGGAGAUUCUUGGUGUCAGACCAACUUACUGCCUAGAAUAUAAAACCGUCCCAACAGAUAUCAAUUUUGCUGAUGCAGUCAGUGGUGCUCUUGACUCAUUAAAGAGUGGCCGAGCUGAUCUAGCAGCCAUAUACUACGAGCGCAUCGAUGUGGAAGGUCACCACUAUGGCCCCUCGUCGCCUCAGCGAAAAGAUGCCCUCAGAGCUGUGGACAAUGUGCUGAAGCACAUGAUCCAGUGGAUCAAGGAACGAGGCCUGCAGGAUGACCUAAAUGUCAUCAUUUUCUCAGACCAUGGGAUGACUGACAUCUUCUGGAUGGAUAAAGUGAUUGAGCUGAGCAAGUACAUCAGCCUGGAUGACCUGCAGCAGGUGAAGGACCAAGGGCCUGUUGUGAGCCUGUGGCCAGCCCCUGGAAAACACUCUGAGAUAUAUCACAAACUCAGCACAGUGGAACACAUGACUGUGUAUGAGAAAGAAGCGAUACCCAGCAGGUUCUACUACAAGAAAGGGAAAUUCGUGUCUCCUUUGACUUUGGUGGCUGAUGAAGGGUGGUUCAUAACGGAGAAUCGAGAGGUGCUUCCGUUCUGGAUGAACAGCACUGGCAAGAAGGGAGGCUGGCAGCGUGGAUGGCAUGGAUACGACAACGAACUCAUGGACAUGAGAGGCAUCUUCCUGGCCUUCGGACCUGAUUUCAAGUCCAACUUCAGAGCUGCUCCAAUCAGAUCGGUGGACGUCUACAACAUUAUGUGCAACGUAUCAGGCAUCACCCCACUGCCCAACAAUGGGUCCUGGUCCAGGGUGGUAUGCAUGCUGAAGGAUCAGACCAGCUCAGCUCCAUCUCCCCCACUGAACCACUGUGCCCUGGUCUUGAUUCUUCUCUUAUACUUUGCAUAAUUGGUCAUAUGGCUCAUUCCAAAGCACUGUUGCAGUAAGGCCUGCCUCCAACAUGGGACAGUUUUCAUUUUCUUUACAAAUAAUAGCUUUAUUAACACAAUCAAGGCCAUUGAAGUUGUAAACAUAUUAUUCUUGGAUGAUUAUAUACAUAAAGUCCCUUCUUUUAAAAAAUCUUUUUAAACUCUGUUUUACCUAAAAGUUUGACAUUUUGUUCUUUUCAUUCACUUCACUACACAAGUUUUCUCCUUAGCACAUCCUUACUGAGGAUGAACAGUGUGAGCAGUGGUCUGUCCCAGUAACAGCCAGUCAUCAAAUGGAUAUCCUGGAGUCAUCCUGGGUCCCUCUCAUCCUGCCUUGCCCUGUCAAUCAGGCCCUCUGUGUCCUGUUCACAUUUAAAGGCUCAUACUUGGGAUCUGCAGCCAUAAUUCUGCACUGCCUUUUCUGUUCUG